GUACAACUCGAGACAAGAAUGGAGUGGAGUGAGAUUCAUGGGAAGACUGCCUGCCUGCCUGGCUGGAAGGCUGAGUCCAUUUUCCCAUGCAUGCUAUGCUAUGCUACUACCUCUCUCUCUCUCUCAUGGCAAAGGGCAGAGGCAAUGGCAUACAUGAAGGUCUUGGCAAUGGCAAUGGCCUCUGCCCAGUCCCCAAUUAUCCUUCUCCCUGACCGCCGGACACCCCAUCAUUGCUUCCUCACUGCCUCACUUCACCUCCUCCCCUCUCCUCUAUAUAUAACCUGGCCUCUGUUCCAGCUCAGCCUCCAUCUCCUUCCCAUGCAACACCACCAAGUCAGUCCACAACCACAACACUCUGUUUCUUCUCUUCUGUUCCAGCACGCACACACAAGCUGCAGCCAUGAACGGCUUCUACUCCUCCAUCGCGCACGGCCUGGACGCGCUCCACGGCACCCUGGCCUCGUCGCCGGACGCCGCCUUCAUGUCGGCGCCGUUUCUCCAGCAGGCGGCAGCCCUGCUCCGCUCCCUGCACUCGCAGCUCGUCCACCUCGUGCAGCGCCUCCACCUGCCGCCUGGUGAGAGCUGGCUCGACGAGUACAUGGACGAGACCUCCCGCCUCUGGGAGGUCUGCCAGGUCGUCAAGGCCGGCGCCUCCGCCCUCGACACCUACUGCGCCUCGGCCGGACGCAUCGACGCCACACUGGACGACUGGCUCUGCAACCCCAACCCCCACAAUGCCCGCCAGGUGGUGCGCGCGAUCAACGCGCCGCGGCGGCAGGCCGUGGGGCUGGAGCAGGAGAACCGGGCGCUCGCCGACACCAGGAUCGACCCAGCGUCGCUGCUGCUCGACGACCGCUCGCCCGUCGAGUUCAAGCUCAACGCCUUCAAUGGCUUCCGCGGCGUGCUCUACGCGCUGCGCAACGCCAGCUCCUUCCUCCUCAUGCUCCUCGUCUCCGGGACCGUCUCCUGCCUCCCGGACCUCGCCUGCUGCGCCAACAGCCCGUUCCGCACCUCAGGCGCCGGCUACGUCUCCUCCAUGGGGCGCCUGCGCCAGCGCGUCGCCGAGGAGAUGGAGGCGGUGGCCGGCGAGCACUCCUGCUCCGGCAUCAUGAUGUACGAGUUCCGGCAGGCCAGGCUCGGCAUUGAGAGCAUCAAGACUGAGUUCGACAGGGUCAUCGCCACAGGGUACGGCAACCCUGGGGAGAUCGCCGAGAGGGUGGAGAUCAUCAAAGGAUGGAUCGGGAUGCUGAGGUCAGGAGCUGAGAGCGUCAUCAGUGAGCUGGACGACUUCUUCGAUGAGAUCGUAGAAGGCAGGAAGAUGCUGUCUGACCUGUGCAGCCAUCGCUGAUCGAACCUCAAUUCGAGCAGCAGCUAGCUCAAACAAACAGGGCGGCACUGUGGUAGAUAGUAGAACAAGGCUAACAAAGUUUCAAAAAUGUGGGUGUUUUUCUCUCUUGUGAUGGGGUAAUCUAGCUACCCCCUCUAGCUAUCAUAGCAGCUAGUCUGUCUAUACAUAUGCCUCGCGCUGCAGUAUCAUCGCUUUGUAUGCUUCCUAAGCAGACCAACAAUGUUAGUGGCAGGCAGUUCGUGCUUUAGGCCUAUCUAUUGCCAGAAUCAGAAUCAGAA